UAUCAGCAGCUCCAAGCCAUGAGAUACGCUGUGGAGGAGAUCAAUGGGGAUCCAAGCAUCCUCAUCAAUCUUACUCUUGGGUUCCAAGCAUAUGAUUCCUGUGACACUCAGAACUUUGAUUUGGAAGGAACUCUACAAGUGGUGACGGGAUAUGACAGAGCUAUCCCCAAUUACAGAUGUCUUGGGCAUGUUCCUCUCAGCUCCGUAAUUGGACCAGCUAUGUCCACUCACUCAAUCCUCCUGGCUCACAUUUUAGGCGUCUAUCAUUAUCCGCAGAUCAGCUAUGUCUCUACCAGUUCCCUGCUCAGCGACCGGACACAGUUUCCCUCGUUCUUCAGGACCGUCCCCAGCGAUACCUUCCAGUCUAAGGGACUUGCUCAUCUAGUGUUGCAUUUAGGUUGGACCUGGAUUGGACUAAUAGCUGUAGACAAUGAUUAUGGCCAGCAGGGAAUUCAGCUAGUGAGACAAGAGAUAAUCAAGGCUGGAGCGUGCGUGGCCUUCAGUGAGAACAUACUUACAAACCAACCAGAUCGUAACGCUCAUCAUAUAGUCAAAGUGAUGAAGGCAUCAACAGCCAUGGUCGUAGUAGUCUACGCAACUGAUGUUGAUGUUUUACCUCUUCUGGAUGAGAUGUUGAGACAGAAUGUGACACAGAAGACAUUAGUCGCCAGUGAAGCUUGGUCCACAUCCACCCUACGCUCCCUGGGAAAAUUUUCCACCCUGCUUAUUGGAACAAUAGGUCUAGCCCUCCACAGUGGGGCAAUUCCAGGACUAAGGGAGUUCCUCAACAAGAUCCACCCCUCUAUGUCAUUGGCGAGAGAUUGGGUUGUGGCCAGAGCUUUGGAAGAUCUUAAAAACUGCAAAGAUGGAGAAGGUCCGUUCCGAGAAGGAUUGUGUGCAAAUAUUGAGAACUUCAAGCCAUGGCAGCUGCUGUACUAUAUGAAAAGGGCGAGAGUCACACUGAGCGGCGGUCAGGAAAUGUACUUUAACCAAAAUGGAGACCCACCUGCUGUCUAUGACAUUGUGAACUGGCAGCUGAGCCCGAGUGGCACCAUGAGAUUUAUCAAGGUUGGCCGGUAUGACAUGACCUCCACCCAAAUCUUCAGCAUAAACACAAGUGCGGUGUUCUGGAACUCUGCAGACCAACAGGUCCCUGUCUCGGUCUGCAGUCAGAGUUGCCCCCCAGGUUUCUGGAAGGCCACUAAAAGAGGAGAACCUGUCUGCUGCUUCCAGUGUCUUCCUUGUCCUCAAGGGGAGAUCUCCAACCGCACAGACUCCAUUGAUUGUAUUAAAUGUCCAUGGGACACAUGGCCAAAUCCACAGAAAUCCAUAUGUCUCCCAAAACCUGUAGAGUAUCUGUCCUAUGAAGACCCACUGGGCAGAACGCUGUCUUCUACAAGUAUUGUUUCCUCUUUAUUUCCAGUUUUCAUUUUGAAGAUUUUCAUACAGUUGAGAACAACACCUAUCGUGAAAGCCAACAACUACUCCGUCAGUUGUCUUCUUCUGGUGUCUCUGUCCUUCUGCUUCCUCUGCUCUUUGGCUUUUAUUGGUUACCCCCAACCUGAAAAAUGCCUGCUGCGUCAAGUUGCAUUCGGAAUGGUCUUUACUCUUUGCGUUUCUUGCAUUUUGGCAAAAACAAUCAUGGUGGUGUUUGCAUUCAUGGCCACGAAACCUGGUAGUGCUCUCAAAAGGUGGACAAGUCCUUUGGUCUCCUACUUGAUCAUUUGUUUCUGUUCUCUUCUACAGUUUCUUCUGUGCAUCAUUUGGUUGUCCACUGCCCCUCCUUUUCCUGAACAGGACUCUGAAUCCCAACCCAGAGUUAUCAUUCUUAAGUGCAAUGAGGGCUCUUCCACAGCUUUCUGGAGCAUGCUGGGAUAUCUUGGUCUCCUGGCCUUCAUCAGUUUCAUUGUUGCUUUCCUGGCCAGGGGACUUCCUGAUAGUUUCAACGAGGCCAAGUUUAUCACAUUCAGCAUGUUGGCCUUCCUCAGUGUCUGGGUGUCUUUUAUCCCAGCCUCCCUCAGUGCUGAAGGCAGGUACAUUGUGGCCAUGGAAAUAUUUGCCAUCUUGGCUUCUAGCUGGGCUCUUCUUGCCUUUAUGUUUGCUCCAAAAUGCUUUAUAAUAUUAUGUAAACCCAGUAUGAACUCUAGAGAGAACCUCUUUAAGAAAUUCCAGAGUCCAGAUGGAUAUAUCUAA